AUGCGCUUUGCCAACAGAAGACUUGGCCCAGGUGGAGGAAAGAAUAAGAAGGACGAUGCAGACGAGAGUGGCGACGAGGUGGCGAAAGCUUCGGCGAAGGGUGGCGCGCAGUCGGUGCUGGUGGUCACGUGCAGUCUCGUCCCAAGCUCACAGGGCAAGAGUCGCCAGAGCGGAUAUGGAGAGGCCUCCUGCCUGGUGGAUUUGACAAAUCGUCCCUUGGAGAUCGACAGAAGUUGGCAGCCAGAACCAUCGCCCAAGGUCAUGACGCCCGUGAGCUACGUGGUGACGCCCACGGUCACCGCACCAAUUGAUGCAACCUGGUCCUCUACCUCCACCAUGCUGGUGGCUCCCGGGAGGCCUUUGGAUGCAAGCCCGCUGGCAGUCAAUUCCUGGCAGUCAGAGGCAUCCACCGUGGCGGUACCUUCGGUGUUCCCAAGGCCGAUGGCAGUGAGCUCUGGCACGCAGACCGAUCAGGGAACAGAGUCCACAGAGGCUUCCCCUCUUCCAGCAAUGAGCCCAGGUUGGACACAGUUACUGGCUGAAAAGGCGAGAUAUCUCGAACAGAAUGGGCCUCUCUCAGAGCCAUCCAUGGAGGACGAUGUGAAAGUGGCCGAAAUGAUCUUGCGGCCAGUGUCGGAAUCGCUUGAGAAGCUCCGCUGCUCCAUCGAAGCCUCCACGGCGACCUGCGGCCACGGCCACGUGAAGGUGCUUCCACCUAUGCGCAGCCCUCGCGGGCGUGUGAGCUUCUCACCCAAGGCCACCUCUCGUAGUUCCAGCUGCUCAUCCGUGCCGGCCUUGUUGCGCUCGGAGAUGUUGGCCACGGAGGAUGCCAUGGAGGACGAAGUGGGGAGCUGCGGAAGCCCCGAAGGGGAAGCCUUCAGCUCGACUCUUGCAGUGCUCACCCGCCUGGACAACGAACUUGGAAACUUGGAGGCCGUCUUGCGAGCUCUGGAGCCCAGAACACGAUCUGCUUCGCCCAGAAGCCCUACCACUGGGACGGCCAAAGAAUGCCAGAUGCUGCAAUGA